CAGAGGGGGGCGGGGAAGCCAGAAGCGGGGCCGGAAUGGCGGCUCAAAUUCCCCUCGUGGCCGCCACGUCCACCCCGGGCGUAUCCCGGAACAGCAAGAAGAGGCCGGCCAGCCCUUCUCACAACGGCGGCAGCUCGGGGGGCCACAGCGCCAGUAAGAAGAAGAAAGUGGCCGCGUCGAGCCUGGCACAGGGAAUCAGCAUGGAAGCCAUGAAUGAAAAUAAAAUGGUGGCCUCUGAUUUUGGCACAGGACCUAUGGAAAAAGCUGCAAAACCAUUACCAUUUAAGGACCCUAACUUUGUGCACUCUGGCCAUGGUGGUGCAGUAGCUGGCAAGAAGAAUAGAACCUGGAAGAACCUGAAACAAAUCCUUGCUUCUGAAAGGGCAUUGCCAUGGCAACUGAACGAUCCUAACUACUUCAGUAUUGAUGCUCCACCAUCCUUUAAACCAGCCAAGAAGUAUUCUGAUGUUUCAGGUCUUCUUGCCAACUAUACCGACCCCCAGAGCAAGCUGCGAUUCAGCACCAUUGAAGAGUUUUCCUACAUCCGGAGACUGCCAUCAGACGUUGUCACUGGCUACCUGGCCCUGAGAAAGGCCACAAGCAUCGUCCCCUGAGCAAAAAAAAAAGGAGAUGAUGCCGAAAACUGUCUCAGAGGCAGAUAUUGGACUCCUGGUUUUAUUUUAUGGAAACGAACUCAUCCUGCUGUCAAUCUGAAAAUGUCAGUGCUUGCCUUGGAAAGAAGGUUUGGCUUUAAUUUAAGGGUUGUGUGUUUUCUUUUCUUUUUUUUAAUUCCUUCUGUGUUUUCCCUCCAAGUGUGAUAUUUCCUGUUGAAUUAAAUUAUACUUCAGUUGCGCCUCAAGAUGUGUGACAAGAAAAUAUAAAAUUGUGCUUUAAAUUUAAUACAGGUUCCUCAAACUUUUGCUUCAAA